CUCGCGAGAAAAUUCGCGUCUAUGUUGCUAGCAAGAUGGAGGACUUGUAUACAAAAUUGAAUAGAUAGUUAAAAUUAUUGAUUACAGUUUACAGUUAAGGUUUGAAUGUAGUAGAACAACUCUUUGAAUCAUCAUUCAAGUAGAUUCAGGCUAAUCAACCAGUUCCUCCAUCAAGAUGAUGGACCUGGACUUUGACGACAUGGCGACCCCCAUUCCCAUGGAUGAAGAUUUUGAACAACCCUCACAGACGGAUCUGUUUGAGUCUGUGAUCGGGCGGGGGUAUGGAGAGAGUGAGGACGGGGCCUUCUCUGACAGUGAGGAGGAAGAGGAGGUGUAUGCUAGGUCUGGUGGAGACUUCCCAAAGACUACAGAGCAGAGAAUCAACAGACAGGAACAGCUGAGGAUGCUACACCUGAGACGCUACCUGGAUCAGCUCAGUGAGAAAGUGCUAGAGAAGGAUUACAUAGUACAAAAGACAAGACAAGAGCUGCAGAAGUGUCGAGAGAGACUAGAACAGCUGGAGAGGGAGCGCGACCAGGUGUUCGCACAGAUAUCAGCCUGUGACGCUGAGGGAAAUGUCUCUGCAGUGAACAGACUUCAAGCGCAGCAUGAGAGAGUACUGCAGGAACUGGAGGACGAGGAAACAUUGGAGGAGAAGAUUAAAGAGACAUUAGAUAGCGCUGAGUAUGAGCUAGCCAAGGCUCAGGUAGAGCAAGGGAAGUUUCUACUGGCUGACGAGGAGCUGAGGAAGAAGGAAGAGCAGCUGAAGGAAGAGAAACUCCAGAUGGCACAGACUAGGAAGAAGAAGGAGGAUCACUUUGCUGCACAGACAGAGAAGAGGAGGAGGGCUAGGGAGAAAGAGCACAUCGAAGCCAUCAGGGAGAGAGAGAGGAGACAGAGACAAGCCAUGCUGGAUGCCAAGAAGAGCAGAGAGAAGGCAAAAGUGUACCUCAAAGAGACAAUGGCCAGAAUCCGUAGUCAGGAUUUGGCUGAGGAACAGAAGAACAGAGAGGAGAUGGAGAAAAGAAUGUCCACAGCUUUGUCCUUGAAAACUGACAUCAUGAAGAACAGGGAAAAUCUCAAAGCACUCCAGGCUCGUGAUCGCACAGUAGAACGUGCAGCCAAGGAGGCAGAGGAGCGUGAACGACAGCGCAUACUGGAGGAAGGGGGAAACCCAGAGGAGGCGUUGCUGAGAGAGAAAAGACAAGCAGAGUUUGACAAGUUAAAAGAACAACAUGAGAGCAGACAGCGCCAACACCAGGUAGAAAUAGCCCAGAGAAUACUGCUAGAGGAGCAGCGCAUGAAGAAACGCAUGAUACAGCAACCCCAGCUGUGGAAUGACCCAAAGAGAGAGAAAGCCAAGAGGGUGGCACCACACAAGAGGCGGAAACUGAGAAUAUUCCAGGAGAGCGAGUCUUCUUCCCAUGAAUAUAGUGGAGAUGUCGAGGAUGAAAAUAGACCCCCCUUGGACCCCAGGGUUCAGAUGGACUCCAGUGAUGAGGAGAAAGGCGUCCAUUCCUCGCCCUAUGGCACCAUCAGCAGAGCAGAGCUGCCAGACUCCGACUCUGAAACGGAGGCCAACGUGGACCUCGCCAAGCCAGAGUUUGAGGGGAUGUGGGACAAGCACAAGCCGUACAGGGUUCCUAAGGAUGCAGCUGAGCCCAUUAUUAAGCACCCCGGGGCCAGCAAGAUGGAGCAGGACAUUAUGGUCAAGGUUUUGGACAGACACCGAGAGAAUAUUGUCUCCAAGCAGGUGGCCGCCGGGCGGGAGUUCAAGGGUUGUCCCUUCUAUAGCAAGCCUGAUGUUAUUCAUUUCAAGGAUUUUGAUGUGGGUAAAUCCUACAAGAAGAAAGUGACCCUCACCAAUGUCUCCUAUACUGUCAACUACUGUAAGCUGCUGGGGAUCACAGAGCACCUCAAGGACUUUAUAGAUGUCUUGUUUGAUCCUCCAGGUCAGAUGUCAGCUGGACUCACUUGUGAAAUGCUGGUCACCUUCAAACCCAUGAUAAAUGAAGAUCUUGAAGGUGAAGUGAACUUCCUGGCACAGACUGGUCCUUUCUCCAUUCCCAUCAAGUGUACAACCAAGAAAUGUGAUCUGUCAGUGGACACAAGGGUGAUAGACUUUGGCACCACCGUCAUUGGGGAAACCCUGAAGAGAACGUUUACCCUCACCAACAAUGGAGCUCUGGGCACACGGUUCGAGUUUGUGAAGAUAUCAGGCAUGAAGCAAAGAAACAUCAGCACAGCAGAGACAUCUAUAGGGAGAUUGACUACGGCUGAUACAGCUCGUGUUCCCAGUCCCCUGGGAGAGGCUCAAGAAGACAAGAAGGGGAAAGGGAAGAAAGCAGCCAAGGAGGCAGCUACACAAGAUAAAGAAAAAGACAAAGCACCUGCACGACCAGCAGAAGCUGAGGCACCACAAGAAACUGAAGCACACAAGGAAAAGGUGACUUUGAAGGAACCUGGAUUAGAGUCAGAAAUCACCAGCACAGUGGGGUUCCCCCUGAGCACGGAGGCCGAGGAGCUGGACUCCUUUGAUGGGAUGAAGGUGGGUCAGUUGAUCGGGGGAGAGAUCGGCCCGUUUACCUCUCUUAAACUGGAGAUCUUCUGGAACCCGACCUACCCUGGCGCCGUGGACUCUGACUUCCUGGUGACCUUCACUGAUGAACUCUCCGCAGAGAUCAGUGUGAAGGCCCUGGGUAAUGCCAUAGACGUCCCAGUGUGGGUGCAGAGACAAUCUGUAGACCUGAAGAUCUGUAUGUAUGACAGGCUGUACCAGGACACCAUCAUAGCUAACAACAGGGCAACCACUGCACUGAGAUUGAACUUUGAUGUGCCAAAGGAGCUGAAGAACCACCUGGAGCUAUUACCCAAGACAGGCUACAUCCAAGCCCAGUCACAGUUUCAGGCCCAGCUCAAAUUCCUGCCAAGAUCAACCCUAUUUGAAGAUGCUGGCAAGUAUUUUGACAAGGAGACAGGAGUACUGGAGGCUCCUAUGACCAUCAGGGUGGCUGACCAGGUACAGUCCUUCAAGAUUGCCUGCACUGGCAUUGGGGUCCACCCUCCCCUGGACCUCUCUAACCAGAUCAUACACUUCCGGGCCACUGCUCUAACUGAUGUUUCCACGGCAACCAUUCACGUGAUCAACUCUCACACCAGCAUGAACGAGUACACGCACCCAGUGCCUAGGAUUGGAAAAGGUGCCAUCGCUCCAGUUGGUCCUACUUCCUUCGAGUUUGUUGUUCCUGAGGGAGCACCCCUUACUGUGUCCCCGGCUGUGGGAACUGUGGAACCUGGCAAAAGUUGCUGUGUACGUGUGCGCUACACACCGUCGCUGCCAGACUCGGUGGUCAGGAAGGAGGCGGUGAGAAUGGCCGUCAGGGAGCUGCAGGCCAAGGCAGAGAAGGAGUACCAAGAGGAACUGCAGAGAGAGAAGGAGAACCAGGAACAGGCAGCUAAAAAGAAAGGUCCUGCUGGUAAAGGCAAGCCUUCCCCUAAAGGCAAGCCAAAGGGUGGGGCUCCCUUGAUGGGGGAGACAGUGCCCAGUGGACCAGCCCCUGUCAAAGCCCCACCUCCAGAGAGUAUAGACACCAAAUCUGAUGCAUAUGCACAGGCCCAGGCAUCUCUGCUGAGAACCUUCAAGUCAGAGUUCAACAGCUAUGUCAUCCCCUGCUAUGUGGCCUCGGGAAAGACUGGAAACCCUGGGGAACUGCCUUAUAGCAUCCACAACACACUGUACCUGGAAGUGCACUGCCCCACGGUCAAGCCCCCUCUGGUGGUCAUCUCAGACAAUGGCCGGACCACAGUGGACUUUGGUGAUGUCUCCAUUGGCCAGACGGUCAUCAAGACAGCCACCAUUCAGAAUAUAUUUGAGGAUAACAUUAAUGUCACGGCCUCUCUCCUGGAUCCAGUCGGACCAUUUGUUCUUCUGAACGCUCUCAGAGAGCUGGAGCCUGAGGAGUCACUCACUGUUAUCUUCAGCUUUACCCCUGGUACUGGCAGAGUGUACCAGGAGGUUCAGGAGCUAAGGACAGGCAUCUCCACACUGUACCUCAACCUGGUUGGUCAGGGGGUCAGCCCUAAGGUCAGCCUCUCUUUGGACACAGACCACUUGGACAUGGGAGCCGUGCUCGAGAAUGAGUAUGUGGAGAAGACCUUCAAGAUUAAGAACACAUCCACGCUGGCUAUAGACUUCUCCAUCAAAAUGGACAGCAACUCUCUGCUGAGACAUGCCCUCACUCAGGGCAUACCGCAGUUUGUACGCAGGGACCAGACACAGAAAGUGAAAGUUGGUGUCCAAAACUUCAAUGGCCAGCGCGUGUUUGACUGCGUGCCGUGUGAGGGGACCAUCGCCCCUGGCAGCAGCACUGAGAUCAUGAUGACGUACGCCCCAGACCAUGCCAGUGUGAACUACUUCGACACAGUUAGGAUACAGCUGUUUGGAAUGGAAGAACAGCAUUCCUUUCAAGUUCUGGGACAGUGUUUCCCUCACAUCAUGUACGUGGCUGUCGGAGAUGAACUGAUGCCAGAUGUGGAGUCCCUCACGGUUCUGCCUGGGACUGAGGAGGAGGAGGAGGUGAAGUCUUCUGCCAUCCCCGUGUUGCUGACCUUCAACAGUGUGUCCAGUGAGGAGGGGUUCUCUGCAGCCUCCAGGGAGCUUCUGGUCGGUUGUGUCAGGACAAUGGCGGUCAGCCAGAAGAAGCCAGGGAAACAGAAUGGAGAGUUCAGUUUUGAGAACACCAAGGACAUCGAGGCCAAGGGCUUCACACUGGAUCCACCUAAAGGUCAGGUGGAGGCAGGCAGCAAGCGACCAGUUCAGUUUACCUGGAAUCCACCAGCUGGGCAUGAUCCUAACCGCCCCAUGGAGGCCAGUAUCCUGCUGACAGUGAAGGGAGAUGCCACUGACCAGUACAAGGUCAUGCUGAGGGCAUUUGUGGUCUCAGAGUAACCGGGUCAGAUAAUUAGGUCAUGGAAAUGGGACAAUGCUAAAUAUAGCAUAUGGAAGUAGGUCAUGGAAAAUCAACUGAAACUCGAUUGCCAGAAAUGGCAGAUAGCAUGUUCUUAUUAUUGAUAAAAAUGGUGUGAAUGAUGACACAGAUGGAUAGGCCUAGAGAAAUGAUGAGAUGACUGGGGACAAUACCGGAAGGACCAUGAUAUAUCUAUGACAGUGGGCACUGCACAGGAUGAUAAUGAUGUAUCAAUCACCUUCAUAGCAAUUUAUCCAUUAUUGUUCCCUCUCCCUCCACAGCAAAGUGAUGUAUCUGCCUUUAAGUACAUGUACCUCAAACGAUUGCCAGAAUACACAUACUGUACU